AUGGCCGCCCGGUCGACUUCGGCCACGUCCACUUCAAUCUCUCUCCCAUCAGCAGGCACAGCUAUCCUACUCGCCUCCCCGGCCGAAGCAAUCCCCGAUGUCGCGCCACCACAGACAAGCAGCAAAAAUGGCGGCGGCGGCGGCGACAUUUACAAACACAUCUAUGCAAUCCACUCGCAGCCGCGGACCUCAACCCUGAGUCACGACAGCAUCGACAGCCCCUCCUUUAUUGGCUUCAGAAACCUCAUGGUGAUAGUGCUCAUCGUCGGGAACCUUCGGCUGGUGAUCGAGAACUACAUGAAGUACGGCGUGCUCGUCCAGAUCUCGGGAUCAGAGUUCCGGGGGGAGGACCUCAAGAUGUUUGUGCUCCUGUAUCUGCUGAUCCCGGCACACCUGUUUGUGGGCUUCCUCAUUGAGCUCGUGGCCUCGAUCCAUGCGCGGGGCGCGCACGCACAGAACAAGAAGAACGACAACCAGGAGCUGCGGCUGCGGGCAGCGUGGGGGAUCAUUGCGGGCGCGCAUGUGGUGAAUGCGACGCUGAGUCUGGGAGUGGCCAAUUGGGUCGUGUAUUACAAGAUACACCAUCCUCUGAUUGGGACCUUUUGCGAAUUUCAUGCUGUGAUCGUCUGGCUUAAGCAGCUUUCUUACGCACUGACCAACCGCGACCUCCGCACCGCAUACCUCCUCUCCGCGCCGACGCCAGCCAUCUAUGCCUCGGCGCCCUACCCCUCCAACAUCACCCUCACAAACCUAACCUACUUCUGGUUCGCCCCAACCCUCGUCUACCAGCCUGUCUACCCGCGCUCGCCCUCCUUCCGCCCCAGCUUCUUCUUCAAGCGUCUCUUCGAAGUGCUCGCCCUCUCCAUCACCAUCUGGUUCCUCUCCGCGCAAUACGCCGUCCCAGUGCUCCAAAACUCGCUCCCAGCCAUGGGCCAACUCCAAAUCGUCCAUGUUAUCGAACGCCUCAUGAAGCUCUCGACCAUCAGCCUCGUCAUCUGGCUCGCCGGCUUCUUCGCGCUCUUCCAGUCGGGCCUUAACGCGCUCGCCGAGCUCCUCUGCUUCGGCGACCGCGAGUUCUACACCGACUGGUGGAACAGCGGCAGCGUCGGCACAUACUGGAAGACGUGGAACAAGCCCGUCAACCACUUUAUGCGCCGCCACAUCUAUGCGCCGCUGCUGGGGCGCGGGUGGAGCCCGCAGAACGCCAGCAUCGUCGUGUUUACGUUCUCGGCGGUGCUGCAUGAGCUGCUGGUCGGCGUGCCGACGCAUAAUAUCAUUGGCGUGGCGUUUGCGGGGAUGAUGUUCCAGAUCCCGUUGGUGGCGAUUACGCAGCCGCUGGAGAAGAUCAGGGGCAAGGGGAGCGUGGUGGGGAAUGUCAUCUUUUGGGUCAGCUUUUGUUUGGUGGGGCAGCCGUUUGCGGCGUUGUUGUACUAUUUUACGUGGCAGGCGAAGUUUGGGAAGAGUUGA